AAAUUGAGGGAGACGAUGGUGUGAGAGAUGAAGAGGGACUCUGGAAGAAGGAAGAAAAAGAGAGGGAUGAACAGAGGGAUGGACAUAUAACUUACCAAGUUGGCCAAACUGACAAAUUUCGGAUGAGCGGAGUAAAAUCAGAACAUGGACAUCAGGAAGGGGAGGACCUGUCUACUCUGGUCACUUCCUGUCUACUAAAACAACCUCGAGUGCUGAUUCACCGGGUAGAAAUUGCCAAUUGUUCAGUUUCUGUGUCAUCACUUCUUCCUCCUGUGGCCUCUAAAAGAGGUCAAGGAGUUAUGUGUCCAUGGAGAUGCCAUGAGAUCUCGUCACUGAGAGGAAAUGGAUCACUGACACAGGAGGGUCAGGUUGUGACCCGGAAGAGAACGACCCAGUUGAAGAAACCAGUUGCAUCAGAGAAUGGGAUCUGUGCUGAAGCCUCCCUUAUUUCUCCUGCCAUCUCCCCCAGGAACAAAAACACAGGACAAAUAUCGUCUCAGGUCUUUGCCUGCUCCCAGUGCCCAUUCGUUGACACAGAGGAAGUGAAUCUUCACCAGCACAUUGAGAAGGUUCACCCAGAGGAGCUCAGCAGGACUGUGGGGUCCCAACAACAUCAGCAACCUCAUCCAGGGAAAGACCGAUACCAAUGUUCCCAGUGUGGGAAGGGGUUCUCUCGGCCAAGUGUUUGGAAGCAACACCAGAUAACUCAUACAGGGAAACGCCCAUACCAGUGCUCCUACUGUGGGAAGAGCUUCACUCGGUUAGAUCAUUUGAAGCAACACCAGCGAACGCAUACAGGGGAACGCCCAUACCAGUGCUCCCAGUGUGGGAAGAGCUAUACUAAUUUAAGUCAUUUGAAGCAACACCAGAUGACUCAUACAGGGGAACGCCCAUACCAAUGUUCCCAGUGUAGGAAGAGCUAUCUUCAAUUAAGUCAUUUGAAGCAACACCAGAGAAUUCAUACAGGGGAACGCCCAUACCAAUGUUCCCAGUGUAGGAAGAGCUAUACUUAUUUAAGUCAUUUGAAGCAACACCAGAUGACUCAUACAGGGAAACGCCGAUACCAAUGUUCCCAGUGUGGAAAGGGUUUCAUUCAGUCAAGUGAAUUGAAGCAACACAAGAGAACCCAUACAGGGGAACGCCCGUACCACUGCUCCCAGUGUGGAAAGAGCUUUAUCCAGUUAAAUCAUUUGAAGACACACCAGGUAACUCAUACAGGGGAAUAUCCAUACCAGUGCUCCCAGUGUGGAAAGAGCUUUACCCAGUUAAGUCAUUUGAAGCAACACCAGAUGAAUCAUACAGGGAAACGCCGAUACCAAUGUUCCCAGUGUGGAAAGGGUUUCAUUCAGUCAAGUGAUUUGAAGCGACACAAGAGAACUCAUACAGGUGAACGCCCAUACCAUUGCUCCCAGUGCGGGAAGACCUUUACUCAGUUAAAUGUUUUGAAGCAACACAAGAUAACUCAUACAGGGGAAUACCCAUACCAAUGUUCCCAGUGUGGGAAGAGCUUUACUAAUUUAAGUCAUUGGAAGCAACACGAGAUGACUCAUACAGGGGAACGCCCAUUCCAAUGUUCCCAAUGUGGGAAGAACUAUACUAAUUUAAGUCAUUUGAACCAACACCAGAAAGUUCAUGCAAGGGAAAGUCAGUACUGCUCCUAGUAUGGUAAGAGUUUCAGUGUUUCAGAUUAUUUGAAUGCCCACCUGAAAAACCAUGCAUCAUUGAAACUAGAAAAUGGUCAAUUCUGCACAGAUAUUGGGAAGUAUUUUCCCACACAGAGAGUGGUCACUGUGUGGAUUAGCUUGCCAGGACAUAGUGGAAACAGAAACACUGGGCGUUUCAAGACCAGGCUUGAUAGGAUGCUUGAUACUAUUGAGCUUUUUGGCAGACUAAGCAGUAGGCAUACUUUAGUGGUAGGCAAGCAUUGCUGGGCUGAAUGGCCUGUUCUCACCAUUAUGUUAUGUUAACUAUUCCUCUGCUCACAGUGUAGGAAGAGCUCCAGUCAUUGAAUCCUUACAUUUCAGAGAGAAAUGGUACAAUAUUGCAAUAUACAAUAUGUGCUGUUAAAAAAAAGUACCUUACAUGAACUUUGAAAUGCAAAAUUCCCAAGUGGCAAAAAGUGAUCUGAAGGUUAUUUUGGUAUUGAAGUUAAGUGAAUAGCAAGAGGCUAAGAGCAACCUUAAAAUGUCUAAAACUGGAGAAAUAUCAGGUAUCUGGAAACAAAGUUGUGGCGGGUAGAGGCAGGGCAAUCCGAGGACCACCACACACCUGGAACGGCUUUACGAAUCAGUCCAGGAGUUAAGUGUGCUCCUCUCCACAGUAGGCGGCUGAGACGGGGAACACGCGGGAGAGGAGAGAGAUCAGACAUGAGGGCUGAAAAGCUGCGAGUCGCAAGCCAGCUGAAAGGAUAUGAGGGUCUGGUUAUUUUCAUCGCGUUUGUUUAGCCCAGUACCCGUGAGGGUUCAGGGUGAGGACUUAAGACUUUUGUUUAUUUUGUGUGAAUGUGCAUUUUCCCUUCCUCCACUGCGUGCAUUCCGGAAUUUCCGUAUCUUCCUGUGUCCUGCUCUUCUGUUCUCCACAGUGUGUGACACAAGUAUUAUAAUACUGAAGUGUUAAAAUAUUGUAAGUACAUUUUAUUUGACAGGUUAUGCAGCAUUAUUUUAUCUGUCCCUAUUCAACAUAGCUCGUUCUCUUCUUUCCGAUAAAGACUGGCUGAGUAAAGGCGGACACUAAUAUCUUCAACUCCUCCAGGCUUUGUGCAAAAAAUUAUGUGACUUUAUAGUGGGAAACAAAGCUUUACUUUUCUACCUAAUGAGGUGGUUGUCAUUUGUGGUAACACCUUGUACACUGUUGCACAAGCCUCUCUUAUAAUGGUGAUAAAGGAUCAGUAAAAAAAUGCUUGUUUUGUAAGCUUUUGACUCUGUUGACAGGUGUUCUCUUACUGCAGAAAUAAAUACCCUUAUAAUUACAUCAAAUCUGAAGGGUUUUCUUGACUGGAUUGCUUCUCAUGAUUAUGCAAAGUAUUUGGAUUUUGUCACAGAAAAACAAGUUAA